AUGGAAACAAUCUUGCACUGGAUUCAGAUAUGGCUAAGACUAUUGCUAUUUCUGAAUGUCAACGAUUAUUUCUUUUCUAUUGUCAGAGUGAAUGCAUUUGGAACUCACUGUCCUCUACUCCAGCAGCCAUCUACUCUAACUUUGGCCAAUAAUCAGUACGACCUUAGACACCCCAGGUUCGAUUUUUCUAAUCUAGUUCAGAAUCCUACACCUAUGAAAUCAAGCAAAAAGGAUGAAGCUUGGGAAGUAAAGCUGGCUAUCAUGGGUGAUCAAGGUCUAGGCGCUCAUCCUAAAAAGGUCCUCAAGUUAGUUCGCGAUUGGGGUGCUCAUGCUCUUAUUCAAUUGGGCGAUUUCGACUAUGAAGAUGAUCCAUCUGGGUUCAUGGAGCAGUUUACAGAUCAACUUGGUAAAAGGUUCCCCAUGUUUGCAGUGAUAGGAAACCAUGACGUGGAUAAGUGGUUUAGCCCAAAAGGGUACAAAGCCCUGUUAACUAAACAGGCCGAAAAGUCUGGAAUCAUGAGAUACUGCACUGGAGAAUACGGUGUCAACAUGGUGUGCCAAUUUAAUGGCAUUGUGAUUGUGUUGUCAGGAGUUGGAACCCUUGGCAAGGAUCAUGCCGAGUUUAUUGACCAGGCGCUUACUGAAUUCAAAGACUCGAAAUGGAAGCUGUGUGUCUGGCACAAGAACCAAAACAAAUACCAAACUGGAGAUAAAAAAGACGAGACUGGUUAUCUUGUCUAUGGCAAAAAGCAUGGUGCAAUCGUGCUGACAAGCCACGAGCAUUCAUACGCGCGAAGCCAUCUCAUGUCCAACUUUGAGACUACCUCGAUUUUAUCCACAUCGAAUACUCUUCACAUCAGACCAGGCUUUAGUUUUGUUGCACUUUCCGGUUUAGGUGGCGAUUCAAUUCGAUUUUGGAAAGAUCAGCUUCAAAACAAUCCCUGGUGGGCUGCUACAGCUGCUAUGGAUAAUGGUGCAAACUACGGUGCACUGUUGUGUAAAUUUCAUCACAAUGGAGAAAAAGACAAGGCCAAAUGCCAUUUUGAAGAUAUUGAUGGAAAAGUAUGGGACAUGUUUCACAUUGAAUCUAGUGCAGAUGAAUAUGUAAACACGCUUGAAACGGUUUCUCAGAGUACAUCAUUCGUCGACACUGCUAUUCAAGAUGGAUCUGAUUUUACAUCGACGAAUAUGAGUACUGGUGUGACAGUAUGUGGUAACGAGCGACUUGAGAUGGAUUCGCUCAUGCAAACAGAUCAACAUGUCAUACCCAAUCGUGUUCAUACUCUCACCUUUCACAUUCCCUUGGUUCCCUCUGAUCAGAAAAUCACUCACGCUCACUUGCAGAUGAAAGCAGCUCAUCCUACUGAACCAUUUCAACAGCAGUUCACAUCGCGCAGUGAGUUUCAAAAAACCUAUGUAGAUGUAACGGAUAUAAAAAUGAGCAUUUGGCGAAUCCAAAACAAGCCUGUGUGCAACACCAAUGUGGGAAACCCAUUAGAGAACUCCAUGAUGGCUUUAAAACAGUUUUUACUGGAUGAUGACAAUCUAAUGACUUUCAAGACCGUUCAGAUAAUUGGGCCUGAACAACUCGAUCACAAGCUACAAAAACUGCAGCGACCUGAUUACAAAUCGUAUAUCAAAUGGGAACGUGGCCCAAAGGACGAAAACUGGGAAAUUGGCGAAGUGUUUGUAUCGCCUAACCUUGCCCACCUAAUCACAGACGCAAUGAGUGAAUAUCACCAGUAUAUAAAGGAAGGAUUUAAUGGACCCCCGACUGUGCCAGUAACACUAGCUAUUCAGGGUGAGUGGUGGUUUAUUAAUGGUCAAGUUGUCAUGGAUCAAAAUCAGGCACGAUCGUUCUAUGGUGUGCAUCCAGAGCUCGGUACAUGCAUAUCUCCAAGCCUAGUAGUUCAGACCAUCAAGCUAUGA